CACUGCGGUGCCGGCCCUAUCAUGGCGCAGCAUAGGUGUGCUUUAUGCGUCUGCGCCAUCUUCCGGAUGCGCGCUGCGAGUCAGCGGGUACCGAGGUGGAAGCGCGCCCUGGGUUGUCGGGGGCGCGGCCGCGGUGGCACUUGGACCCGAGAAGGCGGCAGGUGAGGGGCUCCGGGGCUUUCCAGGCGCUCCGGGGUCCAAAUAGGAACGAGUGUCGCGGCCGGCUGGGUCUCAGGCCUGAGAAGAACCGAGCUGUCUCGCCCCAUCGUCGCUCUGUGGCUUUACCGGCGUGAGACUACAUUUCCCGCCGGCCCUCGCGGCACGCGAUAGCUGGCGCCCCCUUUCUGCGUCCAGCCUCAUAGCCCAGGUGCAUGGACCACUUAGCUCUGCCAUCGCAGGACUCUGCUUUUCCCCAAGAGAGGAACCAGGAGGAGGACCUGUCAGCCCUUGAAAUUCUAAAAGUCAUGCCCCUUGGGUCAGAAUUGUUCAGGGAUGUGGCCAUAGUCUUCUCCCAAGAAGAAUGGCAGUGGCUGGCACCUGCUCAGAGGGAUCUGUACAGAGACGUGAUGUUGGAGACCUACAGCAACCUGGUCUCACUGGGUCUGGCCAUUUCCAAACCCGAUGUGAUAUCCUUCCUAGAGCAAGGGAAAGAGCCCUGGAUGGUGGAAAGGGUGGUGGCUGGAGGCCUGUGCCCAGUGUUGGAGUCCAGAUAUGACACCAAGGAAUUAUCUCCAAAGCCGCAUGUUUAUGAAGUUGAAUCACCCCAGUGGGAGCUAAUGGAAGGCUUUGCAAGUUACCGUCUUGAGUGUUCAAGUUUCCAAGAUGAUUGGGAAUGCAGAAGCCAGUUUGACAGACAGCAGGGAAAUCCAGAUAGACGUUUCCAUCAAAUGAUCCCCAGACAUGAAGAAAUGCCCACUUUCGACCAGCGUACGUCCCUUACUUUUUAUCAGAAAAUUCAUGCUAGAGAAAAACCUUUUGGGUAUAAUAAAUGUAGAAAAGACUUCUGGCAAAAAGAACUCCUUAUUAAUCAUCAAGCAAUUCAUACUAAUGAGAAACCCUAUCAAUGUAAGGAAUGUGGGAAGGCCUUUAAAUAUGGCUCACGACUAAUUCAACAUGAGAAUAUUCAUUCUGGUAAGAAACCCUACGAGUGUAAGGAAUGUGGAAAGGCCUUCAAUUCUGGUUCAAAUUUUAUACAACACCAGAGAGUUCACACUGGUGAGAAACCAUAUGAAUGUAAAGACUGCGAGAAGGCCUUUAGUCGAAGCUCACAGUUGAUUGAACAUCAGCGAACUCACACAGGUGAGAAACCCUAUCAGUGUAAGGAAUGUGGCAAGGCCUUCAAUCGGAUCUCACAUCUUAAAGUACAUUACAGGAUUCAUACUGGCGAAAAGCCCUAUGCAUGCAAGGAAUGUGGGAAAACCUUCAGUCAUCGGUCUCAAUUGAUUCAACAUCAGACUCUUCAUACUGGCAAGAAACUCUAUGAAUGUAAGGAAUGUGGGAAGGCUUUUAAUCAAGGCUCAACUCUUAUACGACAUCAGAGAAUUCAUACCGGUGAGAAGCCUUAUGAAUGUAAAGUAUGCGGGAAGGCCUUUAGAGUGAGCUCACAACUCAAGCAACAUCAGAGAAUUCACACUGGAGAGAAACCCUACCAAUGUAAGGUAUGUGGUAGGGCCUUCAAACGGGUCUCACAUCUUACUGUGCAUUAUAGAAUUCACACAGGGGAAAAGCCAUAUGAAUGUAAGGAAUGUGGGAAGGCGUUUAGUCACUGCUCACAACUGAUGCAUCAUCAAGUUACUCAUACUGAGACAAAGCCCUACGAAUAUAAGGAAUGUGGGAGGACCUUGAGUCAUGACUCAACUACUGUUCAAGCUCAGCGAAUGCAUAAUAGAGACGCGCAUGUGAAUCUAAGAACUGUAGAAAAGCCUUCCAUCAGCACAUACCCCUUCCUAAUCAUCAGAGAGUUCAUGCUGGCAAGCAGCCAUAUGAAUGGAAGUAACGAGGAAAGCCCAUUGGCUUAGGCUACUCAUAACUUCCUCCUCCCUCUUGGAAAGACUUGGAGAGUGCAAUGCCAGUGACAGUGCCUUCGCCCAGAGGUGAUCCUUUAUCCUAAGUCUGAAAACUCCUGUCAAGGAAAAUUGUAUGGAUGUAAAUUGUUCAGACCGUGAUUGUGAAAGAAGCAGGGAGAGGUUGGCAGAAAUUUUAUUUCAGAACACAUCCCAGAAUCACAUUUUCUAACCACAGUGUAGCAGUUUUAUCAAGAAUGAAAAGUUUUAGUUUUCUUACAAGUUAAAAAUUUUUUAACAGCCAAAUUAUUACUUGCUUAGCAAGGAAAUAAAUCAUGCAGUUAUCAUAAAUGGUAAUGAGAAGGAUGAAUGGAGAAUUUACCAGGCUGAGGGAUGUGAAAUGUGGCUAAAGGGAUGUGAGGGUAAUGGGGAAGUCAGAGCUCCGCUGGAGUAAUCUUUACGGCCUCUGAAUGCAUGUGUAUACAUGAACAUCUGAAAGCUAAGCUCAGGCACUAAACAUACUAUUCAAGACUACAGACACCCAGGCAGUGAAAGAAGAAAAUAACAGAAAAUGUUAAAUAAAGUGACCAUCUUACAGUAAUCUCAGUUUUUAUUUCUUCCUGAUCCAGAAAUGAUCUAAAUUUAGGAGAGUGUUUCUGAAUUUCCACAUUGUUACAUUGUUUAUGUGGCUGGUGCGGACACCCAUUGGUUAUCAUACCAGCAGCCACGCCCAGUUCCCCUGGUUAUUGGUAGCAACUGUGUCUGUCUUAGACUGAGGGUAUCAGAUGCUAAUCUUCCAGCCUCAUGUGCAGCACAGCAUGGCCGGGCCAGUAUCAGUCUUGCUAAGUGGGAUCUGCUGGGGCUUCUGGGAAAGAUUUUCCUCAUUUGGAAGAGAGAGGUUUAUCAUGAAGACUUCUUCCUCUCUCUCUUCCUGCUUUUAAACAUUUUUCUAUGAGAACAUGAUGCCUGGAGCUGCUGCAGCUAUCUUGGAACCAAGAAAACAAAAAAGUAGACCUCAGAGAAGCUGACUCAGAGCCUGAGAAGACUCAGCUACUAGGCCAAUUCUGGAACUGCCUCUUUGAUGCUUUGUUAUAUAAGAAAAACCUUGAUUGCUGACUUA